CAUAAACAGGAAAAGGUCAGAGACUGCAGAUGUGCUACAGGAGAAUGUCAGAGGCUGCAGACAUGCUACAGGAGACAGUCCGAGACUGCAGACAUGCUACAGGAGACGGUCCGAGACUGCAGACAUGCUACAGGAGACGGUCCGAGACUGCAGACAUGCUACAGGAGAUGGUCAGAGACUGCAGACAUGCUACAGGAGAUGGUCAGAGACUGCAGACAUGCUAAAGGAGACUGUCCGAGACUGCAGACAUGCUACAGGAGAUGGUCAGAGACUGCAGACAGGCUACAGGAGACGGUCAGGGACUGCAGACAUGCUACAGCAGACAGUCAGAGACUGCAGACC